CUGUGUCUCUCGUGAACGGAGGGCUGAGCACGCACUUGGAAGAGCGCGCAUCGGUGUUAUUGUACUUCAAAGCCCCAUUAUCUAGGCAUCCACAGAAGCUGCAGAUAGAGAAGAGGAUAAAGAUGGGUAAAGAUCCAAGGAAGCCCAGAGGAAAGAUGUCCUCUUAUGCCUACUUUGUGCAAACCUGUCGUGAGGAGCACAAAAAGAAGCACCCUGAAGCCAGUGUGAACUUCUCUGAAUUCUCCAAGAAGUGUUCAGAGAGAUGGAAGACAAUGUCUGCCAAAGAGAAGGGCAAGUUUGAGGAUAUGGCCAAGCAAGAUAAGGUUCGCUAUGAGAGGGAAAUGAAGAACUACAUUCCACCAAAGGGUGAGAAGAAGAAGCGGUUUAAGGAUCCCAACGCACCCAAGAGACCACCGUCAGCGUUCUUCAUUUUCUGUGGUGAUUACCGCCCUAAGAUAAAGGGUGAGAACCCAGGUCUGUCCAUCGGAGACAUUGCCAAAAAGCUUGGAGAAAUGUGGAACAGCUCAUCAGCUGAGGUGAAGCAGCCCUAUGAGAAGAAAGCCGCAAAGCUCAAGGAGAAGUACGACAAGGAUAUUGCCCUGUACCGCACAAAGGGAAUUGCAGGCUUUUCAAAGAAAGAAGGUGGGGAGGAUGAGGAGGAGGAAGAUGACGAUGAGGAGGAGGAUGACGAAGAGGAGGAUGAUGAUGAGUAGAUUAGCUACAGAUGUAGCCUAGGUUCUUGUUCAUGCCAUAACCCCAAUUGUACAUGAUUCACAUCUUCAAACGUAAUACAGCAGAUACAAGAAUUGUUA